AUGGAGUUGAGCUUCACCUCUUGUGUAAAUAGAGUUUAUUCUCAGCCACUGUGCCUCCAGGCAGAGAGCCUCAUUACAGCCCAAUCUCUCCUCCCCAGGCUCCUCAAGCAUCCCAGCACUAUUCUGCAGGAGCUCCCAGUGCCCAUGAUGCCUCCUGGCUCUGCUCCUUCGAUUAGGCCUGGUGGUCACGACAAGGAGGACCUUGUAGAGCUGACGAUGAUCCAGAAUGCCGAAAUGCACCAAGUCAACAUAAAUCAAAUAACCCUGUCGGCUCUCAGCUCAAUCGGAGCCCAUCGCCCUGCGGUGGUAUGUCAGGCUCCCAGAGAUGUGGUCAUAAUUCAAGAGAAUGACGCUGACCCAGAGAUGUACCACCACUAUUACCAGCUCGCCCAGUACCUGUACCCUGCAUGGCUGCUGCCUCGGGCCACACUGGUCCACCAAGACCACCAAACCCACCCAGCAGGAGUGUCGGAGUCGACGUCACGCCUGCGGCAGGUCAUUUUCCAUCUGUCUUCUUACCUCACAUAA